AUGCCCUCAAGCCAGAAGACCGCUUUGGCCGUCGCUGCUGGCGCGGCGGCCACGCUGGCCACUACGGCCUUCGUCCAAAGCGGCCCAGCUGCUCAGGCUCCGGAGAGAAGUAGCGUGCAGCUACGCGGCCGAGCGGCUGCACAGACCAGCGCCACAGGUAGCAGUGCGCCAGGCCUCGUUGGCUGUACGGCCGCAGCUACAGCAUCAGCCCUUCUCGCAGCGCAGCUUCGCGGCAAGGCCCAGAGCCGGAAGUCCCAGGUGGUCGUCAGCGCCUUUGAGAAUGAGCUCGGCGUACAGGCACCUUUCGGGUUCUGGGACCCCAUUGGUUUCACCGCAGACGGCGACGUCGAUGCCUUCAAGCGCCGACGGGCCACCGAGCUCAAGCACGGCAGAAUUGCCAUGCUGGCAACCAUGGGCUUCAUGACUCCAGAGAUCACCGGCAAGUUCCCAGGAUACUUGUCGCCAUCCAUGGACUUGAAGUUCGCAGACAUCCCGAACGGCCUCGCAGCCAUCGGAAAGGUGCCCGUGGCGGGCUGGGCGCAGAUCUUGGCGUACAUGGCCUUCUGCGAGAUCUCCCAGAAGCAGAUCCCGGGCACUCCUGCCUAUGAUGGCGACUUCGGCUGGAAGGUGAUCACCUCCGAUGACCCGGAGAUCAAGAAGAAGAAGUUGAACUCCGAGAUUGCCAACGGCCGCCUGGCCAUGAUGGGCAUUAUUGGCCUCUUCUUCCAGGACGGACUCACCGGCUCCCCUUGGGGCUACUGGGCCGGCAACCCUAGCUCCUUCUGGAAGGCCUUCGAGAAUGAGCUCGGAGUGCAGGCACCUUUCGGAUUCUGGGACCCCAUCGGCUUCACUGCCGACGGUGACGUCGACGCCUUCAAGCGCCGCCGCGCCACCGAGCUGAAGCAUGGCCGAAUUGCCAUGCUUGCAACCAUGGGCUUCAUGACUCCAGAGAUCACCGGCAAGUUCCCAGGAUACUUGUCGCCAUCCAUGGACUUGAAGUUCGCAGACAUCCCGAACGGCCUUGCGGCCAUCGGAAAGGUGCCCGUGGCGGGCUGGGCGCAGAUCUUGGCGUACAUGGCCUUCUGCGAGAUCUCCCAGAAGCAGAUCCCGGGCACUCCUGCCUAUGAUGGCGACUUCGGCUGGAAGGUGAUCACCUCCGAUGACCCGGAGAUCAAGAAGAAGAAGUUGAACUCCGAGAUUGCCAACGGCCGCCUGGCCAUGAUGGGCAUUAUUGGCCUCUUCUUCCAGGACGGACUCACCGGCUCCCCUUGGGGCUACUGGGCCGGCAACCCUAGCUCCUUCUGGAAGGCUUUCGAAAGCGAGCUCGGCGUGCAGGACCCCGUGGGGUUCUGGGAUCCCGUCGGCUUCACCUCCGAUGGCGAUGUUGCCUCAUUCAAGCGCCGUCGAUCCGUGGAGCUGAAGCACGGCCGCAUCUCCAUCAUGGCGACCAUGGGCCACUUGACG